UUGUGCUCACCCGGAAGUGGAUGGUUUGGAGGCGCAUUAAUGAGCAGUAACAUUGUGUCCGAUAAAGAUUAAAUAUUAAAACGAAUGAUAACUUAUCGUCCUAAAAUAUUACUUGAACGGAAAUAUAGUCAAUAAAUCUUUCAUUUUGUGGUUUACGUUAAAACUGAAAUGGCUUCCAUUUCAAGCCACGUUGCGUUUGCAUGCUAGUCAGCCUAGUCUCGAGUGAUAUCGUCAGCGCUCCUGGUGAAAUUUAAACGAAAAGAAGAUCGAGUUAAGUAGUAAUGGACGGGUUGACAACUCCGUACGAAGAUGACUCGGAAACGGAGUUCAUGGAAUGUUCGGUGUGCGAAGUAUAUGUAAAGGGCCUCGAUUUGUUUAAGAUACACGGGACCACGCCGGGACACUUAAAGAAAGAGGAUGCCGCCGUCGCCGCUGGUCACAUGGUCCGAAAACAAAUCAUCCCUAAGUUUGACGAUAUUUUACAAUACGUGGAUUACCUGAACCUUGACGAACCAGUAAUCGGUUUAAACUUCUUGGAAGAGGUGCCGUGUGUGAAUGCGGCCCAUGCCAGUAUGGGGCCGCGAUACACAUGCACGCUUUGUAACAUCACCGGGUACCCCCCGGAAAUGAUCCAUCAUGUGAUUGGGCGAAGACACAGGCAGAAAUAUAUUGAGAACAAGCGUCCAGAUCUGGUUACUUGGGAUAAACACUUGGCCAUGCAAACGGGCAAGGUCAUUCGCACCAGAGCGGAGAUCAUCGCCCGGCAGGACGGAAGCGGAUGUCCCAAACCGAUGAAGAAAAUGCAGAAUGUGGGAAACCGAAUGACAAGAGUUCCCCACUGGCAGCAGAUGCCGAAGGUCGACCCACCGAACAUCUCAGGCCAGCUCCAACGGAAGCAGGAAUCCCAAGACACGGACCGCGGGCGUUUUUUGCCGGAUCCUGCGAGCAGAGCCCCGUUCGUCCCGGCCGAGGCUCGCCCGAUGAAUUUGGCGGGAGGCGGACAGGUGACAAUGCUGUGGGAUCAGCAGCCGGCGAAGGCGGACGGCUGGGAAAGGUUUCCUCUUCAGGGAAAGAGUUCGGACCUGGAUUAUCGUCUCCAUAAUGAUGUCACAGAAAAAAGAACGGUGGAGCCCUUCAAGGAGACACAAUGGGGUUGGGAUCGACCCGCAGAGGGUUACGCCACCUACGGAGAGCAGCGAGCAAAAAAUGAGUUUUUGCCAGAGGAGGGAAGGCGUCAGUUUCAGCCCCUGUGUCUUGAUUAUCAGCAUAGUCCUUGCUUUCAAGGAGAUGACCAGCAGUGGUCCGCUGACAAUGGUCGAGGUGUGAGGCUCGGAACAAACGUGCCGGAACCUCCCACGGGGAAUGUUCGGUUACCUUCGGACAAGCCUAUUGCGCAUUUGACGGAUUACAAUCACGGUAUGCGACCAGCAAAGUCGUUUUCGGCUGGAGCCGUCAACUCCCAGACUCCUCAGGAAGUCUCCAGGAGCAUGUCAGCCAUUCCGGAGCCUUUCCGCCGCUUCAUGAGGGGUCCUGCUGGCGACGAGGUAUCCGCUAGACGCAAAAGAAAGAGUCGCUUCUCGGACGCCACACCUGAGGAGGUGGCGGUGACCAACAGGAUAUUCAAUGCCGGACCCCGAGAUGCCAAGCACAGAGCUCCUCUGGAAUCAGGCGGUGGAACGUACCAGCAGGAGACCCGCAGAACGAUGCGGCAUCCCGAUCGGUUCUCACAUUCACAGCAAAACAGUCCUGCAAUUCUGCAGACGCCCUUACAACGCGACAAGACAUUCCAGGAAGAAUCCGACUUCAGAAGAGGUGAAGACCGUUACGGUGGGGAAGGGAACGGAGGAGGAAGAGACUGGAACAAUAUGCGUGAUGGCCAGCAGGUGGACCGGCAUCAAGGAUGCAGUGAGCCGAGCGAUUUGAACGGUCACCGUUACAAAGCGGAUUUUGGCCAGCAACAGAUGUACACGACAUCUCGUCUGGAUGAGCAAGCACAGUUUCCACAACAAUUCCAAGGAGGCGGCCAGCAGCGGCUACAGUUCCAGCAGUGUGACCAGCAACAGUUCUCCAAGAGUUUUUUCGAUUCCCGUUCGCCGCCAUUGGACAUGGAGAGGCCUGUCGGGUUGCACCGGAAGCCUCAGUACUCCAAAAGUCUGCAAAAACUCACAUCCACUAUCCUGGAAUUACUGUCCAGGAAUUCAUCCUUACAGUAAUUAGUGUCUCAUAGCCUCAGUUUUGAAUUGAAUGUUUAAAAUAAUAUAUAUAUAUCUUUGUUGACUAUGCAACAAUUUCUUUACUGUAUGUUCUCGUUACGGUUGCGUGAGCGCUAAAACCUAAAUUGGUUGACUUUGGGUGAAGGUGAUGUACAGCUUGAACCUGGUCAUCAGCCAGUCACAAAAAGAUAAACAAGCACAUCUGUGAUCUUUGAUGCAAUGAUUCCUGACCAGGUUGCCGUGUGAGAUGAUCCAAUUUCACUCAAUUUGUGUUUGAAUGUAAAACUGCCUGAUUUUGAAGUGUAUGAGAAGGCCCACACCAGGACGGGGAGAACUUCGCAAUUUGAGACAGAUUUGCUCACCACUUACACAGCGUGCACCUUUUCCAUUGUUGAUUAUUUUUCAGGAGACGUGAAUAAAACAUUUGUCAACUGCC